AUGGAACGACCAGAAUCCUGCAAAGACCUUUUUGAAUUCAUACAGGACCGUAACUCCGCAGGAAACCCAUUGUCAGAAGAUGAAGUGAGACGAUACUUCACUCAGAUCUUGGAAGCUAACAUCACAUGCGAAGAAAAAGGUGUUAUACAUCGCGACCUCAAGCCUGAAAAUAUCUUGCUGGAUUUGACAAAUGAUGAGGUGAAGUUGAUUGACUUUGGGUUGGCAUCUGAGAUACAAGAAGAGCCUUUUGAAAGCUUUAGAGGUACGAAUCAAUAUAUGCCCCCUGAAUUCAUGAAAACAAGUAAAUAUGACGGUUGCGAGGCAACUGUAUGGGCGAUGGGAAUCCUCUUGGUCGAUAUGUUGUCACCCGUUAUUUCUGCAUUUGAAAAACCACAACACUGCCUAAGCAUGGAGCCCAGAAUACCUCAACACUUUUCAUCAGAAAAAAUAAAGAAACAAUUACAAGACACCGAGUGUGACAGUCACAAUGGAAGGGACACAGACAGUGAAAACAACAAUAACAGAUACAGUAACAGUGACAGAGUCAGAGACAAAGAUAGAGACAGUGAUAGUGACAGGGUCAGUGUCAGCCAAAGUGACAGUGACUAUGACCAUGAAAGUGACAGUGACAGCGGUUGUGAAAGUGACAGAGACAGAGCCAAAGAAAGAUACAGACGCAUAGACAGCAAAAGUGGCAGUGACAGCAGCACCAUGACAGUGAGAGUUACAUCGACAGCAGAGACUGUUAAUGUCAGGGACAGUGACAGUGUCACUGAUGGUGAUAGUCACAGUCACACCGACAAAGACAAGAAAUUUAAGAGUGACAGAAACACUGAGAGAGUAGUGACAAUGACGGUAACAUUUACAGUGAUAAAGACAGCAAUAGUUCGACUAACAGACACAGAGACAGAAACAUUAACAGUGUUGGUGAAAAUGACAUCGAGAGUGUUUGUGACAGAGAAGGAGAGCAGGACAGUGAUGGCGAUAUUGCUGUAUUUAGAAACAGAAGACAAAUUAGAGAGUGAGACAGAGACAAUGGGAGAGACACUAAGAGUGACAGUGACAGAAGUGACAGUGUCACUAACAAUAUAG